UUGGGGGUUCGGUGCCUUGCUCAAGGGCACCUCAGUCAAGGUAUUGCCGGUCCGAGACUUGAAUCCACAACCUUCCGAGUCUCGGACCGGCAAUACCAAAACAUGUUGAUAUAUAUAAUGAAUAUAGCAUGCUAUGGUUUCACAGAAAUUCUAUGGUCAUGAAAUAAUAAAUAAACAAAUCAAAUAAAAAGACGAAGAAAAUUAUUUCUGGAGAAUCAACUUCUGUAUUUAUGUAUAGCCUAAUGUCAAAGUGCAACUUAAAUCACUGGCUUUAUGCUAUCAUCAGUGCCCAUUACCAGAAACUUUAUUAUUAAUUUCCCUGCUAUAAAAUAAAAUCAAUAUUUUUUGGCUUGUUUUAAAGGAGUUUAGAGCAUUAUUUAGCAGGUCAGGGACCACUUUAAAUCAGUUAAGAUCAGCCGGAGAGACCUCUUUCUGUCUCUAUUUUCCUGUGACAAAGCAAUUGGGGUCUAUUACACCAACUGCACGAGAUAACAAUAAGAAGCCAUUUACAAGAUAUUUUUAUACCCCACAUCUUAUGAAAUACUGAUGACAUUUCACUCUGAAUCUGUCUUGGGAAACACAAUAGCCCGUGGCUGAGACAAUGACAGGUUAGCUCAACAUGAUAUUCUGUUUUUAUGUCAAGUAGCCAAACCCACCAAGAUACUGACGCAGAACCCCUGGGAGGGGGCUUUAAACUUUCAGCGUCCCACCCCACACGAGUCAUCCAGACAUUGGCAAGGCGAUUUCUCUCUAUAGCGCACGAAUUUAUCGCGUCAUUUUCUUUCACUUUCUAAGUGGCCGUCGUCACGGGAAUAUAUAAAUGAAGUAAUUAUCCAUAUGCAGCAUUAAACGGGCCUCUACUUGCAAUAACAGCACGAGCAAUUACAGUAGUACAGAUCAAAGAAGCGGAAGCGACUCGAGUCUUACCUGAGCGUUAUGUGCCUCGUCUGGAGAUACGGAUCAGUCGUUUCCAUCAUUCUGCUUGUUGUUCUCUGUGAUGCUUAUGCAUCAGACGCACAAUCAAUUCGAAAAGUUUAUCUUCACGGAAAUCACUGGGCUGUUGGGCACUUAAUGGGCAAGAAAAGCACAGAUGAGCAGGUCAGACCUGAGGAUCCAGAAGGCAAUGCCGAGACCUCUAUGAUGACUCUAGAUCAGGAUCAGCAGCUGGAAAGAUACAAACAUCUGCUGCUGCCACUCCUGCAUGCGCUCAUGAGAGGACGGACGACACCGGAGAGCAUGCUGGAGGGCACAGAGGAGAUUGACGCUCAUAAACUACUCCAGCGCAUGCUGGAAGAGAGACAUCAGUGGGAGGAAGUUCAUGAGAGAGACAGACAAGUUAAACUGGCUGAGGAUGUCUUGUUAGGGGCUUUAUUAAUGCAGGAUGACAACAAAAGCUGAGGACCAACUGGACAAAAGACUGUAGUUUGAAGUUCACUUGACAACUGGCUUGACUGAAUACAAAUCUCUUUAUUUAACAACAUAUAAAUAAGCAUGUUAUAUUUUUUUAUGCCAAUAUCUCUACAAAGAAACACUGUAUGUAAACUGAGUGUCAUUAUUCUAUAUAUUUUAGGUAUUGUUUUAUAAUUCAUCUUCAUGAUAACUGACACCAUAGUAACCAUUGUUGUCACAGUGCAAUUGGUUAAUAUUUAAUAAACUUUAACUUGUUGGACUAUAUGCUGUUUAUAAAAACAACAGAAGCAUUGUUAUGGAUAAUGGACUCUAUUUUGUCCGGAAGUGACAGUUUAAAGAUAAAUAGCCAUAAUAAUGGAUUUGUUUCUUACAAACACACAGCUUUUCAAUUCAC